CUGAGAUUGGGCGUGGUCGAGUCGGCUGAUUGGCCUUAAUUACUCUCUCCGACCCAUCUUCUCGCUCUAUCCCUGCUCUGAGAGAGCAGCAGAAGAAGAAGCAACAAAAAGCCUAAUCUUUGUGGGAUUCAGGAGCUGGGUUUGUGGGGAACAUGUCGCACGUGGUGUUCCAGAGCGCCCUCGCUCCCAAACCCUUAUCUCCGCUCAAGUCCUGUCUUCCGAUUCGACGCCCACUUCCCUCGUCUCUGCCGUGUAAGCUCCGCCGCAGCGUCGUUAGGGCUUCGUCGUCGUCUCCUCCUGUUGACGCCGCCGGAGAAUCCAUUUCAUCUCUCGAGCGAUGCUUCAUGUUACCGUCGAGCGGUGGUGAAUUAGGGCCUUCGUCCUCUGCUUCGUGUUCUUCAGCUUCCGCCGGGGCUCAGCUGGGUCCUGUGAUGAAAGGGAAGUACGGUUCUUUUGGAGCGGUGACUCUUGAGAAGGGGAAGCUCGAAAUCAGCCAGAAGAAAGCCGAGUCCAGCCCUGAGCUUGCACUUGGAGGAGGUGGUGGAGAUAUUGGAAAGAAAAUCAAUCAUGGUGGUGGCGACGGGGGUGACGAUGACGGUGAUGAUGACGACUACUUUGAUGAAUUUGAUGAUGACGAUGAUGGAGAUGAAGGUGGACUCUUUAGGCGCCGGCAGUUUCUUGCUGAGCUUUUUGAUAGGAAAUUUGUGGAUGCUGUGUUGAACGAGUGGCAGAAAACGAUGAUGGAUUUGCCUGCUGGCUUCCGCCAAGCUUAUGAAAUGGGACUGAUCAGCUCAGCCCAAAUGGUGAAAUUCCUUGCCAUAAAUGCUCGUCCAACGACUACGAGGUUCAUUUCCCGUGCACUUCCGCAUGAAUUGUCUAGGGCCUUUAUUGGAAGGAUGCUGGCAGAUCCCGCGUUUCUCUACAGGCUUCUAUUGGAACAGAUUACAACAGUCGGUUGUUCUGUUUGGUGGGAGUUGAAAACCCGCAAGAACAGGAUAAAGGAAGAAUGGGAUCUCGCACUUAUAAACGUUCUUACGGUUUCAGUAUGUAAUGCCGCUGUCGUUUGGUUGUUGGCACCAUCCCGUUCCUAUGGAAAUACGUUUCGGUUUGACCUGCAGAACACGUUGCAAAAGCUACCGAACAAUGUGUUUGAAAUGAGUUAUCCUCUUCGGGAAUUCGACUUGCAAAAGAGAAUACACUCUCUUUUCUACAAAGCUGCAGAAUUGUCGAUUAUUGGACUCGCGGCAGGAACUCUCCAAGGGUCUUUGUCUAAUUUCUCAGCGAGCAAGAAGAAGGACAGAGUAUCUGUAUCGGUUCCAUCCGUGAGCACGAAUGCGCUCGGUUAUGGCGCAUUUCUCGGAAUUUACGCAAACUUGAGAUAUCAACUGUUAUGCGGGUUUGAUAGAGCGAUGACAAACCACUUUGAUGUUAUCAGAGUAGCGCUCUUCUUCAGCACUGCCUUGAGGAUGUUGAACGUUCAGUUGGGAGAACGGUCGAGGCUAGCAUGGCUGGGGGUGGAGCCUGACCCGCUGGUUCAGUCAGAUGAUCUUCUGGAAAGGGCAUACAACCGGCCAGCGUCUUCCAGAUGGUUAAUCUCGAAGAAUGCGAUAGUCUCGGGGCUCGGCCUUCUGGGCAAGAAGCAAGAGGGUUCUGCAGGUGAAGCUCCCCCUCCAAGGGCUCGGCGGAAGAGAAUUGUACGGAAGAAGGUAGUAGCUUCAGCCUCGUAAAAAAAAAAAAGACGGCCCUUUUUCAUAUGACCAGAGUCGCAAAUUUUGUUACCGAGAGGGGGGAUUCAGCCACUGUCUCCAAAUUCUAUUAAUAAAAUUCUUCAUUUUUUUUUUUGAUAAUUUCACUGGGUCUUUGACCCGACUAUAUCUUCCAUAGGACCAGGAAAAUCCAUGUGAAUGUCUUUCUCCACGCUUGGAUUUGAACCCACGAUAAGAAUAUGCUUUGCA